CGCAAUAGCCGCCGAAGUCGACUCAGCCGCACAAGGCUGUGAGGGACAAACGUCUAUGGUCAACGGAUUCUCCACUAGUGGGAUUGCGGCGUGUAAGGCGAACGAUGCCUGGCUAGGGUUCCCUCCCAAGUCUGCCUCGCUCGUUCAUGAUCGCAGCCCAAGUUCAUAAACCUCCCCUCAUCACCACCGCCCAAAAUUCCGUAUCGUUUCCUGACGUUAAUAGUCGCAGCGACUGCUUCAGAAAAUGGAACUUGGCACUGUCGUAUCAGCAGUUGAUAUCUGCCACAGGUGCAUACUAUUCAUAAUUGAGCACUGUGAAAAUUACAAGGCCGCCAAUGAUGAGGUGGCGGAGCGCAUCGCCAUUGUGGAAGUCAGUUGGACUCGGACGCGGAUGCAGACAGACUUCCUCCAGCCACUAGGUCCAAUCAUUGACGCCGAGCAUCACCGCGUCCUGGACAAUGUCCUCGGCAUCCUAGCAGCCAAGCUCUCGUCCGCAGUUAGCAGCCUCAAGUCUGUUCUCGCAAAGAAGAAUAAGAACGGUAGCGAGGCGAGGGAAGGCUUCCUCGGAUUCUCGAAAGGGGUUCGGAAAGCCAAGUAUGCCUGGGUCAAGGAUGCACUUGACGACGUUAUUCGAGACCUGGAGGAGUGGCAGAGGCGCUUCGAUCCCUCAUGGUUCCUCAUCAUGCGGAUGGCGAAUCCCGUCAUCGACAGCCAGCUCCAUGUGGCUAUGGGGCGACCUCCAUCAACACCACAGCAUCUUGCCGUUGGAUCAGAGCAAUCGUCGCAACCAACACCUCCCCGACCCCCUCCGUCGCCGUUCGGGCCCAGACGACAAAGGUCAGACCAGCAACUCCAUCAACCCCGUCCGAAUGCCAUCCUCGCCACCGGACUACAGCAAACCUCUUCUCCAUUAUCAUUGGCCGAUGGACUCAGGACGGCCCUCCGUCCCAAUGGCGCUCGCCACUCGAUCUUCCUCCCUCCCGUGGCUUUCGAUUUCACGCCCAUACCGUACUCAAAGGCCAAGGCGGCCCGCCGCGGCGGCUCCAACGAUCGCUGGUUCAUCGUCGACUCAUUGGCCUGCAGACCAGGAAUGGCUGACACCAUGACAAACGAUGUCCGCGACUUGGCUCAGAAGCUCUCCUGUGCUGAUCCGCUGACAUUCGGCCUCCUCAACUGCAAGGGCGCCAUGAGAAUCACUGACCCUCGCCAACCUUCGCGCAUCUUCUCCUUUGACCUUUUCUUCCGCAUCCCAGACGGCUUAGAGAUACCCCAAAGCUUGCGCCAGGUCUUCCUCCUCUACCCUGGAGGCAGCGACUCUGCUCUCUCCAUCACUCGUCGUGUACGCAUCGCGCAGCAGCUAGCCAAGUCGAUCAGUUACGUCCAUACCUUUAAUUUCGUCCACAAGAGCAUCAGCCCAGAGUCUAUUCUCCUCCUAGAAGACCUCGAAUCCUCCCACAGUGCUACUUUCCUGGUUGGCUUCGAUCGCUUUCGCUCCGCCGAUGGUGCCACGAUCCGUCAGGGUGACAGCGCCUGGUACCAGAACAUCUACCGCCACCCCAGCCGUCAAGGGGAGAGUCCCGAAGACACAUACCGCAUGCAGCACGACAUCUACAGCCUCGGCGUCUGUCUGCUUGAAAUUGGUCUCUGGCAGUCGUUUGUGGAGUAUCCUGCCGACACACCGAGUCCUGGUGGGCCCAUCCGUGAAUUCGCAAGCCAUUUGAUGCCCCGUGGCGGUAGAAGCAUUUCUCCCGCGGUGAUGGGCUUCCAGGCCAAGCAAUACUUGGAAGAUUUGGCAAAGGAGAAGCUCCCGCAGGCCAUGGGCGAGAGAUACACUCGGGUCGUGCAGUCAUGCCUGACCUGCCUAGACGAGGACAACGAGGAUUUUGGUGGUGACGCGGCACAGCAGGCAGCAGCCGACCCGGACGGCAUCCACCUCGGCGUGUGCUUCUACGAGAAGAUUCUUGAGCGACUGAAUGAGAUAGUGAUUUGAUCACGGCGAUGAUGAUGAAGGAAUGGUGUACGCCUGCUUGGCGAACUGCUAUAAUGUAUCAGGACCGUUAUUUGAAUCAUAAGGUACCCAUGAGG